GCAAGUGCCUCAGUUGCAUCCACAAUUGAUUUAAUUGCCGCGUCUUUCUGAAUAUUCACACUACAUCGUUUCUAACUCUCUCACCAGUAUCUGAUGUGGCGUAACAUGAUUGGUUAAUCAUCCAAGUUUAGAAGAAAUGGAACUGAAAACGAAAACAGCCUCGCAGAGUGAACCCUAAGACCAAAAUUGGGUAUUUAGGGUUUCUUUUUGUCUUCUUCGUUUCUUACAUUCCUCAGUAGUUCUCUCGAACAUGGAAUCCGAAGGGCAAAAGGGUACGGUGAACCCGUCCGCAAUGUUAGCUUCUCUUCUUAGUAGGAGAGCCAAGCUUCACGAGGAGCUUCGAAACAUUGAGAAGCAGGUUUAUGACAUGGAGACAAGUUAUUUACAGGACCCUGGACAGUGUGGGAAUGUAUUAAAAGGAUUUGAAGGUUUCUUAUCGUCAUCGAAGAACACUGCACUCUUGAAAAGGUCUAGAAAGUUUCAGCCUGAAGAUAGACUCUUUUCAUUAUCUUCAGUAACCUCACCAGCGGCAGAAGAGCUUGCCGCUGGGCGAGAUGAUGGUAGAUCAGACUAUGGUCCUGGUCGUUCAAAAGGUGGAGGAAUUUAUGCUAAUGGACAGGGAAAACCAAAGAAAGGUAGAGGUGGGUCAAGAGAUGCAAAGAGAGCAAGGGCUUCUAGUGAACAUGAUUUUGAUUAUGAAGAUGAUCCUGACCUGACCUUGUGAUUGGAAGUUCUGCUUCCGUACCGAAUAGAUUGGCACUUGUUGCUUUCCAGUUCCUCUCAUUGAAUGUAUAUAUUCAUCUAGUCCUAAUACUUGUGAAUUUUGCACAUUUGGGUGAACAAAUGCCACAUGCUCUCAGCCUUAGUGGAAGGCAUGGGUGACCUGCUGUGUUGCAAUUCAGCGAGGAUACAGCAAAAUUUUUCUUUGCACAAGUUUUUACUGGCUAGUGAAGAUUUGUUAGCGUUGUAGUAAUGCUGUACAGAACAAGAAAAUAAAGUUAACUAAUUUGAAUUCUGUUGCCUGUAAAUUGAUUCUUUCUACUGUCUUUUGAGGUUUUGGCACGCUAUGACGGCAUAGUGGAGUGGCCAUUUGAACAUUGUAUCUUUGCAGUUUAAUGUUGCCGCUGCAACAGUGGCAUUGAUUGCAGCUGGAGAUAUAUGAAUUUGCGCAUGUGAACAUUUGAAAACUUUCAA